AUGGCCAAGCUGCAGGGAGCGUCCGUGUCGAAGGUGCCUGUCAAUCGGAAACGCAAACGACCUCAGAAGCCAACCGAACCGCCGCCUAGUGAGUCAGAGCCUGCUGAUGACAAUACCACUGCCGAAACCACAACAACCACAGCUGUUCCUACAAAGACACAUGAUGGAGGCAGCGGUACCAAACGCGGAAAGACGGGUGCUAAACCAGCUCUUCUACAGCGAAGUUCCUCCUCCAACCUAGUCGAAUCCGAAAUUCCCUGGCCCGAACACUUCAAAUUCCUCUUACAGUUACACAAAGCCCUUAACCUUGUAUACACCUUCUGCUGCACGCGGAAGCAUUUUGCAACUACUUGGGAGAAUAUAAAGUCAACAGUAGAGGGGCAUAUAAAGAGACCACUACUCGAAACCGAUGUGGCGCAGGUCAAAGCCCUCAUACCUCGUGCCAUCAAUUUUGCCUAUGUGGAUGAACACCACCUGCUCGUCACUUUGAUGGGCGAGGAAGAUGGUGUUAAAGGAGGAAGGGCUGAUCACUUUCGGUCUCUGCAAGAGGACGAGAGCGGGCAAAAUGACAAAUCUGACACACAAAGGGAGUUGCUCCUAUUUGAGUUCAUCGAUGGCGAUCUCAAAAGGCAAGUUAUCGAUCCUAAGACGGGUCAGCCUACAAAAGCCACCCAGAAAUUAAGAAAUGAAGCUUUGAAAAUGCCCGUAUUCAGCCAAAAAUCGAUGCUCAAACUCAUCGAGAAGCGCAAUUCCAAAUUUACGUCUGCCAUCAAUGUCUUCCUCAACCAGUGCGCGGAAGAAAAAGUGGACGCAGUGGAGAAAGUGAUCGCUAUGAGCCAGACUUGUAUCCCCCGCCCUUCGACGAUUGAGCCUGACCCAUUGGAUCUGAUCACCACGUCCCUGCCAAAAUCAAUACCCAAAGAUCGGAAAUCAAUAUCAGAAAUUGUAAAGGAGUUGAGCGAGAUGGAAUGGUACACGCAACAAAUUGUUCCCGACGGACACCGUGUCUUUGAUCCCCAGCCUCCAAUAUACGGCGACUUGAAGUUUGCCUUGUCUCAGAAUCUCGUUAAUGCGCUCUACAACUCCCGGAACAUCACUCAGUUUUACUCACAUCAAGCUGAGGCCAUCAACAACCUUCAUGAAGGCCACAACGUGAUCGUCUCGACCUCGACCAGCUCUGGAAAGUCAUUAAUAUACCAAGUGCCCAUGCUUCAUGCACUGGAGAAUGACCCGGAGAGUCGAGGCAUGUAUAUUUUCCCUACCAAAGCCCUCGCACAAGACCAACGACGAAGUAUGAAAGACCUGCUGAAGUACAUGCCUGGAUUCGAAAAUGUCAUUGUCGAAACAUUCGAUGGCGACACGCCUAUGAAGGAGCGAAACCUGAUCCGCGACGAAGGACGGAUCAUUUUUACCAAUCCUGAUAUGCUUCACAUUACCAUCUUGCCACAGGAGAGUGGGUGGAGGACAUUCUUGAGGAACCUCAAAUAUGUGGUGGUGGAUGAAUUGCAUGUUUACAAUGGUCUAUUCGGUGCGCACGUCGCAUUCAUCAUGAGGAGAUUACGUCGAAUAUGUGCUGCGGUGGGAAAUCGCAAAGUCAAGUUCGUAUCUUGUUCAGCAACAGUUGCAAACCCUGAGGAACAUAUGAAGACGAUCUUCGGUGUGGAUAAAGUCAAGCUGACAGACUUUGACGGCUCCCCAUCUGGCCGAAAAGAAUUUCUCUGCUGGAACACACCGUACAAAGACCCCGGAGAUCCGUCUUCAGGCCGAGGAGACACUUUCGCCGAGACUGCCCGCUUGAUAUGCCAGCUGAUCCUUCGUGGUGUUCGCACCAUUGCGUUUUGCCGGGUACGGAAGCAGUGCGAAGUACUACUCGGCGCAGUCAAGGUUGAGUUCGCGGCGCUGGAGCGACCAGAAUGUGCCGCAUUGGUAAUGGGUUACCGAGGAGGUUAUUCGGCGCAAGAUCGUCGUCGAAUUGAAUCCGAGAUGUUCGGCGGCAAGCUCAUGGGAAUAGUUGCAACAACGGCUCUAGAACUGGGAGUCGACAUCGGUUCGCUUGACGCUGUUGUGACCAUGGGCUUUCCUUACACUAUUGCAAACUUGCGACAGCAGAGCGGGCGAGCUGGGCGAAGGAAUCGCGACUCACUGUCAGUUCUCGUGGGCGAUUGCUUCCCAGUUGAUCAAUACUAUAUGCAAAACCCUGAUGAAAUUUUCACCAAACCCAACACAGAGCUUCAAGUCGAUUUAACAAAUGACUUGGUGGUCGAGGGACACGUACAAUGUGCAGCGUUCGAAAUGCCCAUUCAGCCAGAGGAGGACAAAAAGUUCCUUGGAAAGACACUUCCCGAGAUCUGUAGCACGAGGUUGUCAUACGAUCCUAUGGGAUUCUACCAUUGCCACGAGCGAUUCCGACCACAACCUUCCAAAUGUGUGAGUAUUCGAGACACCGAAGAUGGUCACUUUGCAGUGGUGGACAUUACACACGGUCGCAAUGUCGUGCUCGAAGAGGUAGAACCAUCUCGGGCCUUCUUCACACUCUACGACGGUGGCAUCUUCCUCCAUCAAGGGCGAACAUACAUGGUCAAAGAAUUCUCACCUGAACGCAAGAUUGCACGAGUGCAACUUGUCAAGGUGGACUGGACGACACAGCAACGCGACUUCACGGAUGUCGAUCCGAUCGAAACAGAACAAGUCCGACGAGUGUCAGCCAAUUCUCUGACGAAAGCAUUCUUUGGUCGCAUCAAGAUCCACGCUGUUGUGUUUGGAUUUUUCAAACUGGACCAAAAGCGACGAAUCUUGGACGCCGUUGCAGUGGACAACCCUCCCAUCGAUCUAUAUUCACGAGGUCUAUGGCUCGACAUCCCUAGAUACGCGCUGCAGAUCCUCAAGGACAAGAGACUCAAUCUCGCGGCUGGGAUCCACGCCGCCGAACACGCACUAAUGAGUCUGAUGCCUCAAUUCGUCAUCUCCAUGCCAGGAGAUGUGCGGACGGAAUGCAAGAACGCUUUGAAGGAGUUCGCAAAGAAAGAAACCCAGCGUAAACGACCGGCCCGUUUGACCUUCUACGACGCCAAAGGCGGAGCUGCAGGCUCGGGGAUUGCGGCCAAGGCGUUCGAGUUCAUCGACGUCUUGCUUGAACGUGCAGUGCAACGAGUUUCAGCCUGUCACUGUCUCGAGGGAUGUACUGAAUGUAUCUGUGACGAGCGAUGUAAGGAGAAAAACAUGAUCAUGAGUAAAGCUGGUGCAGAGGUGAUUCUCAAGUCUUUGAUUGGCAUGGAGAUUGAUCUUGAUGCUUUGCCGGAGGGUGAAGAAGAGAGAGUGCCGGCCGGGGUAGAGACGGUUAUCUUUGCAGAAGAAAUCUUAGGCAGAAAUGGCAAUCGUGUCCAGGAGCGAGAGUUUGUCAAGCGUGAAAAGGACGACGAUGAGGCUAUCAUAAUAAAGGAUGAGGAAGACGAUUGA